AUGGCUGUCUUCCUCGUAUGGACCGGAUUGGUGGUUUGGGUCAUAGAGCGCCCAACCAACGCUCAAUUCCAAGGCUCAAUCCCGCAGCAAAUUGCAACGGCCCUUUGGUUCUCCUUGUCAACCCUUUUCUAUGCUCACAGAGAGAGAUUGACGAGCAACCUGUCGAGAUUCGUGGUGGUGAUAUGGUUGUUUGUGGUUCUCAUAAUGAACGCCAGCUACACUGCCACGCUGACGUCGAUGCUGACCGUUCAGCAAAUCAACAAGCUGAGCUCCAAGGAGACGCGUUACAUAGGGUUAGAACCAGGCCCGUUGAUACAAGGAGUUGCUUCCAUGUACAACGCCAGUAGUGAUCAUCGCCACAACACGACCCAUGCGAUCCUGGUCAACCAUACGAUGCGAGCAUUUGAGGAUGCCCUGUUGAGAGGAAGCAAACACGGCGGCGUUUCCGCCAUCGUAGACAUGCUCCCCUUCGUCAAGCUCUUCGUCGCCAAGCAUCCCAAGGAGUUCUCCAUGGCUGGCACUGUCUUGCCCAACGCCAACGGCUUUGGCUUCCCUUUUCGGAAGGGUUCGCGGUUGGUGGGAGACAUGUCAGCCGCAAUAGCGAAACUGAGGGAAGAAGGGAAGCUGCAGUUGAUGCAAGACGCGUGGUUCAACAGCCGACAAGGAGAUCAUGAUGUUCCCGUGGAGGAUGAGGAUGAUGAUUCUGUGAAGCCUCUAACGUUAGAGAGGUUCGAUGGUUUGUUCCUCAUAAGUGGGUCGUCGUCAGUGUUGGCCCUCUUCUUGUUCUGCAUGCUGAAGCUACGAGUGGUUAGGUCCGUGUUUAAGAAGGUGGUGCAGUGCGGCAGCCGCCGAGCCAGAGAUCCAGCUGUGCUAGUGUAG